AUGAGCUCAAGUAUAAACAAUAGCAACUAGUAAUAGACUAGCAAUAACUCCCUUUAAGCCAAGAGUGUUUUCAAAGUCUUAUCUAAAGAAGAAGAAGAGUAAAGAAAAAACAACUCAAUACAGAGAGCAAAAAAUCAGUUGAAACACAAAAAGAAGUUCAAAAGAAGGGAUCUGAAAUCUGACCAAAACUCAGAAUUAAACGUUGGUCGAGGAGGGAGGAACUAAAUGCAUAAUCCCGAGCAUAAUGAGGAUAAUGAGUACAAUGGAAAAGAGUUAAACAUGAACUCUGACGAUGACGAUCAAGACCAGGAAAGAAUGCUGGAGUAAAUGGAGAUUGCUAAAAUAUCCUAAAAUUACCAUGGAUCUAGGAAAAAUAGGGAAAAGCACAAAAAGAAGUUUGAAAACGAUGAUGAUGCCGAUUCUGAUUGCGAGAUGAGAGAGUUAAUGAAAGAUGAAAACUGCAAUCCAAUGGCUGUAGAGGAGUUUCAAAUGAAUGGAGUUAGAGGUAUAGCAUAUGCAGCUUAUCAAAAUGAAGAAAUCACUGAUUUCUAUAAGUGGAAUGAUAUGGAGGGGCUGAAUAAAAAGCACCCAGAGGACCUAGAGCUUCUCGAGGAAAUAUCUAAGAGUAGAGCAGAGCCCGUAAUGAUUAAUGAAUAUGAUUAUGAGUGUAUUAAGUCAGACGAGGAAGAGGAUGACGAAUUAGCCUUUAUGGGGAGAUUUAAAGCUGAAAAUUUGCUAUACAAUGUCAAGAAAGAGAUAAAAAUAGAUUACUAAGAGAGUGAGGACUUAGCUCACUUCUAAACGAAGUCAAAUUACGAUCAGAUAUAAAAGCUUAAAAAUGAAAAAUCUAUGAAUUAGACUCUGAAGCCAAGUUUACCUGUGCUUAAUCUAGGCUUUAAUGAGCAUUCAACUGCAACUUAAAAAUCAAAUUAAGGUAACCAGCAGGUCAUAAAUCUUAACGCAAGUGUAAUUUCAAACAACUCAAGCUCAGUUUCAACUGAUUGCUCCAGCUCAAGAAGCAGCUUAAAAAAAGAAUUACCUCCAAAGUAAACUCCAAAUCUUUAAAAACAGCCUAACUUGCUAACCAAUGAAAUAAGUUUAAAUAGCUCAAGCAAUCUUACAGAAAUAAGCAAGCAGGCGGGAUGUGCCAUAUAGAAAAUAAGUCUACCUUCAGAUUUAAUGAUUAAUAAGCUUACUGCUUAGGGAUAGACUCUUCCUGUUGAAAAUUACGAGGAAUGGAAAAAUGAUGUGAGGAAAAACUAUGCUUCAAAUUUCAUGUCAUCUGGUGCGACCAUCAGAAUAAACGAGGAUCAUGUGGAAAAACAAAGAGAAAAAGGAGUCUUCAACAAUCAACUUGAAGCAGACGAGCCCAUCGAUGACAAUGAACAAAAGUCUCUGUUUUUCUAGAAAUCUAUGGCUGAGUUUUAGGAUGAAAUGGGGAGUCAUAGUAGUGCCACAAAAGAGUUCACCUCGCUCAAGCACUUCAAAUUAAAACAAUAGAGGCAUUAGCCAAUAAAGAGAGAUGCAGUAGAAGCUUGCUUUGAAAGAGAUCUAGAAGUAUUUAGAAUUACAAAGAAUUUCAGAAGAUGCUUGAGAUGGAUGAUAUAAAAGGGCAUGCUGCCAGAAUCUCGUAGAUGCCCUUGCUGUGAUCAUUAGAUGAGAAUAAUCAAUUGCCAUUCCAAGGUCAAAGAUGGCGUAUUAUUCAAAUGCUCCAGAUUAGAAUGUAGAGAUGUGAGAAUCAGUAUCAGAGAGGGCACGAUAUUUGAUUAGAAUCACAUGACACUAAUGGAGAUUUUAAGAUGCAAGAGGAUUCAAUGCACUUUAGACAUUCAGAGACCUCAAGGAAUUUAACUUGCCCUCGCUGCAGUAUAUCUAGGCCACUUUGGCAGAGCAGUGGAAAUCGAUGAGUCUAAAUUCACUCAUCACACAAAGGGUGGAGUUAAGUCAAAAGUGUGGGUGCUAGGUUUUUAUGAGAGAGGAACAAAGGAUGUAAGAGCAUUUGUGAUGAAAGAUCGUAAUGAUGUCUCUUGUAUUCAGCUUAUCAGAGAUAAUGUAGAGGAAGGAGGUGAGGUGUAUACUGACUUCUGGAGAGGCUAUAACAACUGCAAGGAUUUUUACACUCACAGAGUAGUAAAUAAGGCUAAGUAUGGUUAUGGAACAAGUGAAUACUAGACAACUAGCAGAGUGGAGAGUCUCUGGCACAUUCUGAAGAGAAACAUUCACACCUAUUCAACUAUUCGAGCAAGCACUCUUCAGAGAUUUCUAGACGAGGCUUGCUGGAGGAUAAAGUUUAGAACAUUCACUGAGAGAAAUGAGUUUUUAUUGCAGUUGCUAAAUGUCACUAGAUGA